AUGGGAGGGGAACAGGAGUCGUGUAGGGACGGGGAUGGGGGUGGAGAAACAGCAGUCAAAUGGGGUGGGGAGGAGAAACAGCAGUCAAAUGGGGUGGGGGUGGAGAAACAGCAGUCAAAUGGGGUGGGGAGGAGAAACAGCAGUCAAAUGGGGUGGGGAGGAGAAACAGCAGUCAAAUGGGGUGGGGGUGGAGAAACAGUAGUCAAAUGGGGUGGGGGUGGAGAAACAGUAGUCAAAUGGGGUGGGGGUGGAGAAACAGUAGUCAAAUGGGGUGGGGGUGGAGAAACAGUAGUCAAAUGGGGUGGGGGUGGAGAAACAGCAGUCAAAUGGGGUGGGGGUGGAGAAACAGUAGUCAAAUGGGGUGGGGGUGGAGAAACAGUAGUCAAAUGGGGUGGGGGUGGAGAAACAGUAGUCAAAUGGGGUGGGGGUGGAGAAACAGUAGUCAAAUGGGGUGGGGAGGAGAAACAGUAG